CUGGCCCGCACUCACACACAGCCAGCGUAAACAUUUUGUCGUAGAACCGAACACGUCAGCUACGCGGAUUGAUUGAAAACCGACUUUUUGAGCGCCCUGCAAAUCCGAUCCGUAGCAGCAGUCCACCCUGCGCCAUCCGCAUCCGAUCCGCGAAGUAUUUUCCAGGACCUAAAAACGUUAAAAGCAGCUGCAAAAUGGUACUUAUUGCUGCGGCAGUCUGCACGAAGAAUGGCAAAGUGAUCCUGUCACGUCAGUUCGUCGAAAUGACGAAGGCACGCAUCGAGGGACUCCUGGCCGCCUUUCCCAAACUCAUGACCGCUGGCAAGCAGCACACCUAUGUGGAGACGGACUCCGUGCGCUACGUCUACCAGCCGAUGGAGAAGCUCUACAUGCUGCUCAUCACCACAAAGGCCAGCAACAUUCUGGAGGAUCUGGAGACGCUGCGCCUCUUCUCGAAAGUGAUUCCCGAGUACAGCCAUUCCCUAGACGAAAAAGAGAUCGUGGAGAACGCCUUCAACCUAAUCUUCGCCUUCGACGAGAUCGUGGCCCUUGGUUACAGGGAGAGCGUCAAUCUGGCCCAGAUUAAGACCUUCGUGGAGAUGGACUCGCACGAGGAGAAGGUAUACCAGGCGGUGCGGCAGACGCAGGAGCGCGAGGCGCGCCAGAAGAUGCGCGAGAAGGCCAAAGAACUGCAGCGCCAGCGCAUGGAGGCCAGCAAGCGGGGUGGUCCCUCGUUGGGCGGCAUGGGCGGACGCAGCGGUGGCUUCAGCGCCGACAGCUUCGGUAGCAGUGGCGUGAGCAGUUCCAGCGGCUCCAGCGCUGCCAUUGGCAUCACCUCCAUCGAUGUAGAGACCAAAUCCAAGGCAGCUGCCAGCAGCAAGCCAACCUCGCGCAAUGCCCUCAAGCUGGGUGGCAAGUCCAAGGAUGUGGACAGCUUUGUGGACCAGCUGAAGAGCGAAGGCGAAAAGAUAGCCAACUUAGCACCGGCAGCGCCCGCCGGAAGCUCCAGUGCUGCAGCCAGCGCCAGUGCAGCAGCCAAGGCGGCCAUCUCGGCGGAUAUUCACAAGGAGAGUGUGCAUUUGAAGAUCGAGGACAAGCUGGUGGUGCGCCUUGGACGCGAUGGCGGCGUGCAGCAGUUCGAAAACUCCGGCCUGCUGACACUGCGCAUCUCGGACGAUGCCUACGGCCGCCUCUUGCUGAAGCUGUCCCCCAACCACAUACAGGGCCUGCAGCUUCAGACGCACCCCAACGUGGACAAGGAACUGUUUAAGUCGCGCACCACCAUCGGGCUCAAGAACCUAGGCAAGCCGUUUCCCCUCAACACUGACGUGGGUGUGCUCAAGUGGCGCUUCGUCUCGCAGGACGAGUCGGCCAUUCCAUUGACCAUCAAUUGCUGGCCGUCGGAUAAUGGCGAAGGUGGCUGCGAUGUGAACAUCGAGUACGAGCUAGAGGCCCAGCAGCUGGAGCUGCAGGACGUGGCCAUUGUCAUACCCUUGCCGAUGAAUGUGCAGCCGUCGGUGGCCGAGUACGAUGGCACCUACAACUACGAUUCACGCAAGCACGUUCUGCAGUGGCACAUCCCCAUCAUCGACGCCGCCAACAAGUCCGGCUCCAUGGAGUUCAGCUGCAGUGCAUCAAUUCCGGGCGACUUCUUUCCCUUGCAGGUGUCCUUCGUCUCAAAAACGCCGUACGCCGGCGUCGUGGCCCAGGAUGUGGUGCAGGUGGACAGCGAGGCGGCGGUCAAGUAUUCGAGCGAAUCCAUUCUGUUCGUGGAGAAGUACGAGAUCGUGUAGGCCAUGCCGCCGGCCACGCCCACCUAAGUAGUACAUAAAUAUACCUAGAAGUCCAUUUUAUUUUUCCCGGGGCGAUUCGAUUCGAUACGAUUGAUUCUACUGCUGCAGCAUGUUAAAGAUAAUUUUUUUAUUUUUGUGUUUCAAACUUUGGAUAUUUAUGUCGCGCGAACAGAUUCUCAGAGCGAGUAAUUCCAAAAAACAAAAAGCUAAAUAUAUACGGAAAAUCAUUGAUACCAAUUAAUAAAUCAGAUUUUGUGCACUCCAAGCGUAUAACGGUAUAAAAUAAAUGAAAGGUAAUUAGUUGUAGUUGGCAAUUGUAAAGUGUUUUGUUUCGUGCGCUUUGUGGCACCCCCUUCAUUUGGAGUAUUUUUUAUGUAAAAUGCUAUGAAUAAACUAUACACAAUAUACAUAAAA